AUGAGCAGCCUGCAACCCAUCCUCUCGGUCUACGACAAGACCGGCCUGCUCGAUCUCGCCAAAGGCCUUAUCAAGCAGAACAUUCGUCUGCUCGCUUCUGGAGGCACGGCCAAGUUGAUCCGUGAGAGCGGUUUUCCAGUCGAAGAUGUCUCCGCCAUCACCAAAGCCCCGGAGAUGCUCUCGGGCCGUGUCAAGACCCUCCACCCAGCUGUCCACGCCGGUAUCCUCGCCCGCGAUCUAGCGUCCGACGAAAAGGACCUCGCCGAGCAGAACAUCAACAAGGUCGACUAUGUCAUCUGCAACCUGUACCCUUUCAAGGACACCGUAGCUAAGAUCAACGUGACCAUUCCGGAGGCUGUCGAGGAGAUUGACAUUGGCGGUGUCACUCUCAUCCGCGCCGCUGCAAAGAACCACGGCCGUGUGACCAUUCUCAGUGACCCAGAGGACUACCAUGACUUCUUGCAGGAACUCGAAAAGGGAGAAGUCACGGAGAAGCAACGUCAGCUCUACGCAUUGAAGGCUUUUACCCACACGGCGGACUACGAUGCUGCCAUUUCCGACUUCUUCCGUAAGAAGUACGCAGGUGAUGGCAACCAGCAGCUCUCCCUUCGCUACGGUACCAACCCGCACCAGAAGCCUGCUUCCGCAUACGUCAGCGAAGGACCUCUCCCAUUCAAGGUCCUCUCUGGCUCUCCUGGCUAUAUCAACCUUCUUGACGCUCUCAACGCAUGGCCGUUGGUCAAGGAGCUGAGUGAAGCCCUUCAAUAUCCAGCUGCGGCCUCUUUCAAGCAUGUCUCUCCCGCCGGCGCCGCUAUUGGAGUCCCACUCAACGAAGUCGAGAAGAAAGUAUACAUGGUUGAAGAUAUCGAAGGCAUUGACUCUUCCGGCCUCGCCCAAGCCUAUGCCCGCGCACGCGGCGCCGAUCGCAUGUCCAGCUUCGGCGAUGUUAUCGCUCUCUCCCACGAAGUCGACGUUCCAACCGCCAAGAUCAUCGGCAAAGAAGUCAGCGACGGUGUCAUCGCGCCAGGCUACCACCCCGAAGCCCUCGAAAUCCUCAGCAAAAAGAAGGGCGGCAAGUACCUCGUCCUGCAAAUGGACCCGAACUACUCCCCUCCCGCACAAGAACACCGCACUCUCUUCGGCGUACACCUCACCCAACGCCGCAACGAUGCGCAAAUCUCCCCACAAAACACCUUCAACACCAUCAUCACGCCCAAGGACUCCAUGCCUCUUCCCGAAUCCGCCCUGCGCGACCUCACCGUCGCCACUAUCGCGUUGAAAUUCACGCAGUCAAACUCCGUCUGCUACGCUCUCAACGGACAAGUCAUCGGCCUCGGUGCAGGUCAGCAGUCUCGAAUCCACUGCACCCGUCUCGCGGGCGACAAAACCGACAACUGGUGGAUGCGCUUCCACGAGCGCGCUCUGGCCAUCAAAUGGAAGAAGGGCACCAAGCGCGCCGACAAGUCCAAUGCUAUUGAUCUGCUAUGCUCGGGCAUCGUUCCUGAGAGCGGAUCGGAGAGGGAAGGAUGGGAGAAGAAUUUCGAAGAGGUGCCUACGCCGUUCACAGCUGAGGAGAGAAAGGAGUGGUUGGGCAAGCUGUCCGAGGUGGCAUGUUCGAGUGAUGCAUUCUUCCCAUUCACGGAUAAUGUGUAUCGCGUGGCCAGGAGUGGAGUCAAGUAUCUCGCUGCACCAACGGGAAGUCAAAAUGAUCAGGCUUGCUUUGAGACAGCGGAGGGCUUGGGAAUCAGUUAUGUGGAGCAGCACAUUCGACUGUUCCAUCACUAA